CUGGCGAACCGAACCCUCACAACCAGGGCCCCCCGCGCCUUGACAAUCCGAUGCUGCCGCCUCGCCAUGGAUUUUGGACCGUCACAGGAGCCUCCCUCCAAGAAGCGGAGGUUCUUCAAGGACCGGGCUGAGGAGUCGUCGGACCCCAUUGCCUUCAGCCCGAAGCCGAGCAGCUCGCCACCCCUGGACCGGCGCCCUUUGAAAGAUGAAGAUGACACGCGGGCUUUUCUGGCCGAGAUACCCGAGAAUGGAGGACUUCCAGAUCGAUCUGCGGCACCUCAAAACGCACCGGAGCUCAAGCACGAGUCAUCGUCUGUGACGUUCGACCAGGACACGUUCGAAAGCUUCGUUGGCGACAAGGUUAGCCCGGAUGUCAUGCGCAUCAUACAAGACAACUGCGGCGAUAACCUCGAGCGAGCCGUCAAUAUGUACUUUGAUGGCACGUACAAAAAGUUGAAGAACAGCCCGCAGAGCCGCCCACCGACCCAGGGUCCGAGUCGAGCGGGAUCAUGGUCCACACCUCAGCCAGUCGCUGCUGUCCCCCGUCGCAGCAUACCAAAGUCUCGAUACGUCGGUGCAUUUGGUGUCGAAGGAUGGGCGACACGGAGCGGCUCUAAUAUAAUCAAGCACGGGGAUGUCGUCAGGAUUGAGCGGCAAAAGAUUCAGCCGCCCCAGCAGCCCAAGGUCAAGGGAAAGCUAGGUGGCCCCAGCACCCCUGUUCGCAACAACACGGCCGCAUCUCGAAGGGUCGAUGUCAUAGUGCGCUUCACGAACCAGUCCGGCCUGGAGAUUGGGAGACUCGCAAAGGACACGGCCAAUUGGGUCUCAACGCUGAUGGACCAAAAAGUCUGCAUGUUCGAAGGCACAUGCGUCUAUGCCCCGGAGCGCCUUCGAACCAACGACACAGUCUUCCUACAGCUACGCUGCUCUCUCCUGAACUCGGCUUUCGAAGACAGGAGGUUUCAGCUCGCCGAUGACCGUCCGACUACGUACUUUGAGCAGAGUGAGACGUCGGACGAGAAGGAGCUGAGACUACGACAGGUGGCGCUGGUGAGGUUGUUCCAAGAGAUCAACCUACAACCUAUAACCGCCAACUCUGCAGCCCAGGACGGACGGGCCGGUCUCCUCAAGGCUGCGGAGAUGGACGAACAAAAGCAGCGAGAAGCCAAGAACCCCGCAACGAACGGCAAGGACAGCAAAGACGGAAAAGACUCGGGAUCGCCGCCCAAUUCAUCAGAUGCAGAAGAAGGCGAGGAGUUGGAGCAAGACCAACUGGAUGCCCUGUACAGGAAAGCCCAGUGCUUCGACUUCAACACCCCAGAAGCCGAACCUGCCGAUACAUUUGCAAUGACGCUGCGACCGUAUCAAAAGCAGUCGUUGCAUUGGAUGAUGGCGAAAGAGAAGGACGAGAGGGGCAACAGAGAGCCGUCCAUGCAUCCCCUGUGGGAAGAAUAUACUUGGCCCGUCAAGGACAUGGACGACAAGGACUUGCCGCUAGUGGGCGGUCAGUCCAAGUUCUAUGUCAACCCCUACUCAGGAGAUUUGUCUCUCGACUUUCCAGUCCAAGAACAGCAUUGCUUGGGCGGCAUUCUUGCUGAUGAAAUGGGCCUCGGCAAGACGAUUCAGAUGCUGAGCUUGGUCCACAGCCAUAGAUCGGAACUGGCCCGCAAAUCCCGCAUGUCUACCGGCGGUAUUUCAAGCGUCAACCAGCUCCCUCGACUGGGAACGACAUCUGCUACCCCUCUCGAUGCGCCUUGCACGACGUUGGUGGUGGCGCCAAUGUCGCUGCUCGCCCAGUGGCAUAGCGAGGCUGAGAAGGCAUCGAAGCAAGGGACUAUGAAGAUUGAACUAUAUUACGGCAACGAAAAGUCUAGCAAUCUCCAGGCCCUUUGCUGCAGUGGCAACGCGUCCAACGCACCCGACCUCGUCAUCACAAGCUACGGCGUUGUCCUGUCCGAGUUCAGCAGCCUUGCAGCCAAGAACGGAGACAAGUCGUUUCACAGCGGUCUGUUUUCGCUCAAGUUCUUUCGCGUCAUCCUGGACGAGGCGCACCACAUCAAGAACAGAUCGUCAAAGACUGCCAAGGCGUGCUAUGACAUCUCCUCGACUCAUCGCUGGGUGCUGACAGGCACGCCGAUCGUCAAUAGGCUCGAAGACCUAUUCAGUCUCGUGCGUUUCCUCGGCGUCGAGCCAUGGAAUAAUUUCUCGUUCUGGAAGACGUUCAUCACCGUACCAUUUGAAUCAGGCGACUUUGUUCGGGCUCUCAACGUGGUGCAGACGGUGCUGGAGCCGCUGGUGAUGAGACGCACCAAAGACAUGAAGACCCCCGACGGACAACCCUUGGUUCCCCUACCGCCGAAGCAAAUUGACAUUGUGGACGUGGAUCUGUCCAAGGAAGAGCGGGCAGUGUACGACUACAUCUUCACGAAAGCCAAGCGGACCUUUUCAAAGAAUAUGGAGGCGGGCACAGUCAUGAAGGCGUUCACCACCAUUUUUGCCCAGAUUCUGCGGCUGCGACAGUCUUGCUGUCACCCCGUGCUGGUACGCAACAGAGACAUUGUCACGGAGGAAGAGGAGGCGGGAGCCGCGGCGGACGCAGCAGCAGGGCUUGCCGAUGAUAUGGACUUGGAAUCCCUUGUUGCCCAGUUCACUGCCACGACGGAUGACGAUGCCAAGAGCAACUUUGCGUUUGGCGCGCAUGCACUCGAAGAGAUUCGCAACGAGUCUGAGAAAGAAUGCCCGCUCUGUUUCGAGGAGCCCAUGAAUGAACAGCUGGUCACAGGCUGUUGGCACUCGGCAUGCAAGAAGUGUCUCCUGGACUUUAUGAAGCACGAGAGCGACCGUGGGGUUGUGGCUAAGUGCUUCAACUGCCGCGCGCCCUUGAACCAGCGAGACUUGUUUGAAGUGGUGCGGCACGAUGAUGAAGACGACGCGCUUUCGAAAUCUCGUAUAAGCCUACAGCGACUGGGAGCGAAUCACUCGUCGGCCAAGGUGGCGGCGCUCAUGUCGCAUCUGCGGGCUCUGCGGCGCGAGCACCCGCGGAUGAAAUCGGUCAUAUUCUCACAGUUCACGUCGUUCCUGUCACUCAUUGAGCCGGCGCUGGAGCGGGCCAACGUCAAGUUUCUACGGCUGGACGGGAGCAUGGCGCAACGGGCGCGAGCGGCCGUGCUAGAAGACUUUCAAGAGAAGAAGGGCUUCAUGGUACUGCUCAUCAGCCUCCGCGCAGGCGGCGUUGGCUUGAAUUUGACGAGCGCCGGGCGCGUGUUCAUGAUGGACCCGUGGUGGAGUUUCGCCGUGGAGGCCCAGGCGAUUGACCGGGUGCAUAGACUCGGACAGGAAGAUGAAGUCGUCAUCAAGCGGUUCAUCGUAAAGGAGAGCGUGGAAGAGAGGAUGUUGCGGAUCCAGGAGAGGAAGAAGUUUAUUGCGACCUCCCUGGGCAUGAUGAGUGAUGAGGAAAAGAAGCUUCAGCGCAUCGAGGACAUCAAAGAAUUACUGAGUUAGAUAUGUGGGCUAGAAACGCAGCGCACCGAUAUCAAUUGUACGUGGUACUGGCAUGGCAGCAUGUGUAGGCGUUUGCUCGUGGGAGGCAUACAUUCGGCAAGCAUAAUAGCAUGGGGGCAAAACACAGCUCAGAACACUAUGACUCCACGACUGGCGUGUGACACGUGGACGUUAUUCGACUUUUACUCUAUUGGUAUCAUGUUCUCAACCCAUCGAUUCAUUACAGCGCAAAUUCGUCAUUCCUUACAGCACAACCUGGUUGACGGCCGCCGUCUCCUUGUCGUCGCCGAAGAGGUUGAUGUUCCACUUGGGGUCGUCUGCGCAGAGUUAGCAUCAUGAGAUGGUGUUUGGGGCAGGAUGAAAAUAAGCGCUCAAGAGGUAAAGGAGGGGGCAAGACGCACAGGUAUAGGGAAUGUUGAACCGCUGGGGCUGCUCGCCGAGCUUGUCGAUGGCCUUGAUGGCCUCGUCGUCGAGCUCGAUCUCCUGGAAGUUCUCGCGGAUGCGAGAGGCGGUGACGGACUUGGGGAUGACGACGUGGCCGCCGAGCUGGGACCAGGCGAGG